AUGGGUAUUCCAGGUCUCAAAAAUGCCAUUGGCAAAGGAGAGCGAAUUUCCUUGUCGAAAUUGGCCGUAAGUCACUUGGAGCGAACAGCAAAGCCUAUUCGUGUUGCGGUCGACAUUUCAAUAUGGCUCUUCCAACUUCAAGCUGGCCGCGGUGGAAAGAACCCUGAGCUACGCACAUUAUAUCGUCGACUUGUUAAAUUAUUAGCCUUGCCCGUCCAUCCUCUUUUUGUAUAUGAUGGCCGACAGAAGCCACCGUUUAAGAGAGGAAAAGCUGUGUCCCCACGAAGUUCUGGUAAUGCACCAAUCAUCCGGCACUCCAAAGAUCUUAUUGAGUGCUUUCAGUUUCCAUGGCAUGAAGCCCCUGGUGAGGCUGAAGCGGAAUGCGCACGACUGCAACAGGUAGGUAUUGUCGAUGCAGUUAUGAGUGACGACGUUGAUACCUUGAUGUUUGGGUCAAAGAUGACUCUCAUGGAAUUUUCAAAGGAACCAGGUAGCAAGUCUAAAGCUAAAACGCAUGUUACGUGUUAUCGCGUCGGCAAUGAAGGCCAGGACUCAAAUGUAUCUCUCAGCCGACCAGGCAUGAUUUUAUUUGCCAUGCUCAGUGGUGGCGAUUAUCUACCAAAUGGUGUUCCUAAGUGUGGUCAUAAGCUGGCAGCAGAAAUUGCCAAAGCUCAGUUUGGUGAUGACUUGCUCGCAGAUCUGUCACGCUCUUCAGAUCCAGAUACAGCAGUUAAUGAAUGGCGGGAAAGGCUGCAGUAUGAAUUGGAAGAAAAUAUAAACGGCCACUUUUCGACAAAACAUAAGGCUGUUCGCAUUCCAGACACGUUUCCGGACCGCACAAUCUUUGAGUAUUAUGCAAAUCCAAAGGUCUCUAACGAAGAUGAGAUGGCCGCUUUGAGAAGUCGUCUAAUAUCUUCCUGGGAUCGUGAGAUCGAUCCUAUGGCAAUUCGAAGGUUCGCUGCGGACAAAUUCGGGUGGAAUUAUCAGUCAGGCGCCAGAACGGUAAUUAAGCACCUAGCCGAACCUCUCUUUUGCUACAGACUUCGUCUCCAAAUGCCUGUAAGGUCUCUAUCCUGCCUGUCACAGUCACUAGCACCUAGUUGUGAUACACCAUGGCUACAGAAAGUAUACCGAAGUCGUGAAAGUUUUGACACUGAUGGGACGACCGAAAUUCAGCUAGAUAUGCUCCCCAUUGAUGUUGUCGGCAUUGAUAUGCUGGCUGAAGAUAAAACCCCAGAGAUUGUGCCCUCGCAAAGCAACUUGCUGGAAGAAGAUGAAGAAGAGGAUCCUGAGGUCGGUGCUGAGGCAAUACCCUCAUCGCCGUCAAAAUCUCGAGUGACAAAAGGAUACGACGUUUUUGGUAUUGAAAAAGUCUGGGUCUUCAAGUCUGUUGCUAAAAUGGGCGUUCCGAAUAUUGUAAAGAAGUGGGAUGAUGAAGAAGCCGCAAAGGCAGAGGCGAAGAAAGCUCCCAAGAAGACGGCCAGCCGGCGUACGGGGCUUAAAAAGAAGGGCCCCAUCGACUCGGGAAUGAAACACGGAAGUAUCUUGAAGUAUGGAACCCUAACAAAGCAAAAAUAUGGGUUGUCUUCUUCGAACAAAACGCACAUGCUAGAAGCUGCCGCUCCUUCAGCCCCGAAUGAAAAGUUGCCUCGAACAUCAUCAUCAAAUCCAGAGUACAUUGAUCUUGAGGAUAAUGUUAACUCCCCGAGCAUGUACUCUCAAUCCCGUGAUUCCAUGCCAUUUCACCAUACUUCUCGAGAAGUUGAUGAGCUAGUUGGUACAUUUUCUUCACUGAGUACUGGACCUUCACCAUCGAGGGUCAAGCGGCAUCCCAUAGUCGGAGCUGAAGUUUUGGCCACAAAAGAAUCUGAUGGGAUCUUGUUAAGCUACUCGGUCUCAAAACAUGUCACUCCAGUGAUCGAAUCUGAUUCUUUACGAAGACGUCAAGCAGCUCCAUCAUCCACGCUAAAGAAGCAUAACAUCUGCAACUCUAAAAAGUCGCCUGAGACUAAGCACACUACAGACAGGCUACAUGAUGUUGAAGAACUAGAGAAAGCGAUCACUGCAUUAUCAUUGUCAUUUGAUGAUGAUGAUUACCAUGUAAUCCCAUCAGCCCGAGCCCUACAGCAACCUACGUCUUCUACAGAAUCAGAAUCAGAAUCAGGUGUCUACAAAUACUCGUCUAGGACACCGAAAUCAAAGUCUUUGCUAUCAUCUGAAACGCUAUCUUCGAUGGAUGAUACGAUUUCAGCGGAUCCUCUGCAACAUCGUGAUGAGCUAAUCCAUCCAUCAAACCAACCAUUGCAGAAAGAUCUCAAAAAACCAAAAGCCAGGUCUUGUUCAUCUCAAACAUCCACUCCUGAAUCAAUACCAGCGAAAGAUCAUAUUGAAAACAUAACGACAUGCAAUGGCUUCUGGACCGUUGAUGCAUCUGAUGAAGCUACAGUUGAUUCCAAGACCGAGACAACAGGUUAUUGCGAGAAAGGCAAAGAAAAGAAGAAACGAAUUCCGCGAGUGAGCUUCCUCGAUAUGAUAUAA